GUGCGCGCGCGCGCCUGUGUCUAAUGUGAGUGGUGAGAAUGGGGUCGACUACCGACCACAGUGCCGAUAUCGACAACCGGUUAAGUGGGCUUUUUCGUGUGUGUGUGAGUGUGUGUGUGUGAGUGAGUGAGUGAGUGAAGGUGUGUGUGUGUGUGUGUUUUUGUAUUUUUGUGUGUGUAUGUGUGUUCUUGUGUUUUUGUAGUCUUGUGUUUUUGUAUUCUUGUGUGUUCUUGUGUUUUUGUAUUCUUGUGUGUGUGUGUGUGUGUGUUCUUGUGUAUUUGUAUUCGUGUGUGUGUAUGUGUGUUCUUGUGUUUUUGUAUUCUUGUGUGUGUCUGUUUGUGUUUUUGUAUACUUGUAUGUUUGUUCUUGUGUUUUUGUAUUCUUGUGUCUGUUUGUGUGUUAUGUGAGUGUGUGUGUGUCUGUAUAUGAUGCGUGUGUGAGUGAUUUUGUGUUCUUGUGUGUGUGUUGUUGUGUUUUUGUAUUUUUGUGUGUGCGUGUAAAUGUGUGUUGUGUUUUUUGUAUUGUGUGUGUGUGCUUUGUGAAUACGUAUGUGUAUAUGAUGUGUUUGUGAGUGAGGGUGUGUUCUUGUGUGUGUGUGUGUGUGUGUGUGUUCUUGUGUUUUGGUAUUCUUGUGUGUGUGUGUGUGUGUGUGUUAUGUGAGUGUGUGUAUGUGUGUUCUUGUGUUUUUGUAUUUUUGUGUUUGUGUAUGUGUGUUAUGUGAGUGUGUGUGUUUAUAUGAUGUGUGUGUGAGUGAGCGUGUGUUCUUGUGACUGUGUUUGUGUGUGUGUAUGUGUGUUCUUGUGUUUUUGUAUUCUUGUGUUUAUGUGUGUUGUGUGUGUGUGUGUGAAUAUGAUGUGUGUGUGAGUGAGGGUGUGUUCCUGUGUGUGUGUGUGUUCUUGUGGUUUUGUAUUCUUGUGUGUGUGUGUGUAUGUUCUUGUGUUUUUGUAUUUUUGUGUUUGCGUGUAAAUGUGUGUUCUUGUGUGUGUGUUAUGUGAGUAUGUGUGUGUAUAUGAUGUGUGUGUGUGUGCAUGUGUGUUCUUGUGUUUUGGUAUUCUUGUGUGUUAUGUGUGUAUGCGUGUUCUUGUGUUUUUACCCCGAAAGGGAAUAAGCGGUAGAAAAUGGAUGGAUGGAUGGAUGUGUUGUGUGUGUUAUGUGAGUGUGUGUGUAUAUGAAGUGUGUGAAUGUGUGUUCUUGUGUUUUUGUGUGUUUGUGUGUGUGUACCUGUGUUAUGUGAGUGUGUGUGUGUGUGUAUGAUGUGUGUGUGAGUGAGGGUGUGUUCUUGUCUUUUUGUAUUUCUGUGUGUGUGUGUGUGUUCUUGUGAUUUGGUAUUCUUGUGUGUUAUGUGAGUGUGUGUGUAUGUGUUCUUGUGUUUUUGUAUUUUUGUGUUGUGUGUGUGUACGUGUGUUAUGUGAGUGUGUGUAUAUGAUGUGUGUGUGUUUUUGUGUGUGUGUGUGUGUGAGAGAGUGAGAGAGGUAAGAUGUACCUGCUGACUCCUCCCUCUGACAGACCGGACCAACGAGCUCAACAAGCCUGGUUUGGUUUCCCCUGUCCACAACCUCGUCUGAACUCUAAGACCAGGUCAACAAAGGAGGAGUGAGACGGGAAUCGGACUCGCAACUUCUUCAGUGUUUAUGGACUGCAGGCGGUGAUGUCUCCAGGCGAGGACGGUCUGAUCGGGAUUCCGUUUCCGGAGCACAGCAGCGAGAUCUUGUCGCACCUCAACGACCAGAGGAGGACGGGGCUCCUGUGUGACCUCACGCUGACCUCCCGCGGGGCCCGCUACCCGACUCACCGCUCCGUCAUGGCGGCCGUCAGCCUCUAUUUCCGCCGGCUCUUUGGGGCCGAAGAAGGCGGCAGCGGCGGCGGUUUCAGCGUGUGCCAGCUCGACUGUGUGGCGCCGGACGCCCUGGACGCCCUGCUGGAGUUCGCCUACACGGCCACCCUCACUAUCCCUAGCUCGGGCAUGAGGGACGUCUUGCGAGGGGCGCGGCUCUUGGGCAUCCAGUGCGUGGCCGACGCCUGCAGCGACAUCCUCGGGGAGAAGCUGGAGCCGGCGGAGGAAGAGGAGCAGAGGAACCGGAGCAUGGCGGCCCCUCGGAGGCCAGGGGCAGAGCCCAGAGGAGAUCCCAGAUCCCGAAGAAAGAAGGUGAAGAAGGUGGGGACUUACAACGUCACUCCGCCCGGCGCUUCGCCGGUCCCACACCCUUUGCCAGUCCCGCACCCUUCGGAGAAUCAGCCACCGACUCGGCCGCCCAGCCCCCAGCCUGAGGAGCACCUCUUCCGGUGGAGGCAGGACAAAGAUCCCGGAGCACUCAGAGGACCGGAGAGGACGGCCACCCUUAACGGAGGACACCCGCCUCAUGUUCCGCCCUCAGAAGACAAGCCGUCUGGGGACGUUGACACAGACGGCUUCGGCAACGAAUCGGCGCUGGCGGAAAGUGUGUCUGCAGUCACCUCCAUGGCCGGGGGAGGGGGCGCGGCGAUGGCGGGAGGCCGGAAGAGGAAGUCCCAAACACCUCAGCAGUGUCCCGUCUGCCAGAAGAUCAUCCACGGAGCCGGGAAACUUCCUCGCCACAUGCGGACGCACACGGGGGAGAAACCCUUCCAGUGCUCUGCCUGCGGGGUUCGCUUCACCAGGAAGGACAAGCUAAAGAUCCACAUGAGGAAGCACACGGGCGAGCGUCCCUACUCCUGCCCACAUUGCUCCGCCCGCUUCCUGCACUCCUACGACCUGAAGAACCACCUGUGCCUGCACAGUGGGGGACGGCCCUUCGAGUGCCCGCUGUGCCACAAGGCCUUCGCCCGCGACGACCACCUACAGCGCCACCGAAAGGGGCUCAGCUGCCUGGAGAUGCGGCCCCGCCGGCCUCGACGAGGCCCCGACCACCAAGAGCGGGGUGAGGUGGAGGUGGAGGUGGAGGCGGAGGCGGAGGUGGAGGCGGACGGUGGCACCCCGCCAGCCCACUCCUCCCUCUUCCUCCCGCCUGCCGCAGUGUUCCGGCACGACGCCGACACGGAGCGUGCCCUCGCCCUGCAGGCCUUGGCCCAGCUCAGCCCGCACAGGUUCGCCAACUACCGCGGUCUCAUCCUGCAGCGGGGCGGGGGGGAGGUGGCGGGGCCGGGUGAUGGUGGGCAAGGAGGACUAGUAAGACUAGAAGAGCAGGACUAGUAAGACUAGUAGAGGAGGACUAGUAAGAAUCUUCACUCAGGGUGGACUCAAACACCAAAGCGCUUUCAAAAGUAACACUCCAAAGAAUACACUUUUUUUAGCCAUAUCGAAAGAUUUGUUGCUCCGCUGGCACUAAAGGGUGGGCGAUACUUUGAUACCGACACUGAUAGCGAUAUGUUGAUUGUCGAUACCGAUAUUGAUCCUUCUUUUACUUUCCCUACGCGAGCCUUUCCAAGACCAUUGAACCACCUUCUAUUUCUUUUUGGAAAUAACAUGUAAACACCAGGCUGGUGAACACAUGUAAAACACCAAAAAAAGAAACAAAAUUUCGACACAAAAAGUAAAAUUCUAAUGUUAAAAAGUUUCUAUUAUGUAGAAAAAAUGUUAUAAACAGACAAAAAUG